AUCACAUCAAACAGCUCUGACAAGCCCGCAAACACGCUCUUCCAUCAUCGACUUUUUUGCUCGUCCCUCAAUUCCGCGACUCAAGGACCCGAAUCUCCUCUCACGAGAAAGAGAAAGAGAAAGGGGAAGAGAAAGGAAACGGGAAAACAAACACCAGCGGAGAAGCAGCAGCACACAUCAAUCCAUCCACCGAGCGACUGAGCGACCGAGUCGGAGAAGAGACAAACACACCGACGAACGCCAUCAUAAGAACCAUGGCCUUUUCCAUUCGCCCCCUCGCGCGCCGUUGCGUUGCCCGCGCGUGCACCUCCUCCUCGAGCGCACCGGCCAUGCGCGCUCCCGCCGUCGCCAUCGCCACCGCCGCCACCACCACCACUACCACGAGGUCGUCCCUCAUCCGCCUCUACAGCGCGUCAUCCUCCCCCGCGGCGGGCGACGAGCUCGGCGUAGGCGAGCUGCAGGGCGCAAAGUUUCGCAUUGAGCCGUUACGGCGCACCGGCGAGGACGCUGAGACGAAGCGCGCUCGCCUCCUCUACCAGUCACGCAAACGAGGGACUCUCGAGUCUGACCUCCUGCUCUCCACCUUCGCCGCCAAGCACCUCCCCUCCAUGACCCCGGAGCAGCUCACGCAGUACGACUUGCUACUCGACGAGAACGACUGGGACAUAUACUACUGGGCGACGCAGCGCGAGCCCUCCGAGGGGUACACGUCGACGAACCCUGCCGAUGCCCCCGUCGGCUCGUCAUCGUCUCUCUCUUCAUCUUCUUCCCCUUCCGCCGCUGGCACCACCGCCACCACCACCACAUCACCAGCAUCGUCGUCGAUCGACGUCGCCGGCCAGGCUGCCGACGACGCCUUCGUGCGCCAGACGCCCCCUAAGGGCGAGUGGGCCCAGACCGUCGGCAACUUCAAGCCCGCGUACCGCCCCGUGCCUACGCGCUGGCGCGGCAGCGAGAUCCUCGCCCUCCUGCGCGAGCACGUACAGCUGCGCAGCGUCGACGGCAAGGAGGGCACCGGCAUGGCCUUUAUGCCUGCCCUCGAGGAGUCCAAGUGAAGGGCGAUUUCCUCUAGGAAGGAAACGGAAAGGGGGAAAUGGGUCAACGGGAAGGAGAUCUCCUUCUCCGGGCCCAACCAAGCAUUUCUCCAGGCCGGUAAC